AAUAGUGGCGGGCGUCUUGUGAUCCGAACGGUGGCAGAGAAGACGGUCCAAUAGUCAACAGGUGACGUAAAACGUUCUAUCGAAUAGCAGACGAGCGCGUUCGAGACGCCCAAUCAGCGCAGGGCGGCGUUAUGGCUUAAAAAGGCCGCGUUCGCGCGCACAGUUUAUUCUGUUUUUCUAACCGCGAAGUGCAGAGUUUGACGCUAUGGCAAGAACCAAGCAGACCGCCCGUAAGUCCACCGGUGGCAAGGCGCCAAGGAAGCAGCUCGCCACUAAGGCUGCCCGCAAGAGUGCGCCGGCUACUGGCGGUGUGAAGAAGCCUCAUCGUUACAGGCCCGGCACCGUGGCUCUGAGGGAGAUCCGUCGUUAUCAGAAGUCUACUGAGCUGCUCAUCCGCAAGCUGCCCUUCCAGCGCCUGGUGAGAGAAAUCGCUCAGGACUUCAAGACCGACUUGCGUUUCCAGAGCUCGGCCGUCAUGGCCCUGCAGGAAGCGAGCGAGGCAUAUCUGGUCGGUCUGUUCGAGGACACCAACCUGUGCGCUAUCCAUGCCAAGAGAGUGACCAUCAUGCCCAAGGAUAUUCAGCUGGCCCGCCGUAUUCGCGGAGAACGCGCUUAAACCACAACUCCGUCUAAUAUACACAAAGGCUCUUUUAAGAGCCACUUCACCGUCUCAGAAAACGGAAAAUUUUCUUUAUUCGGCAGUCUCAAUGUUA